AUGUCAAAUCCCAGCAAGGAGCGGCAGUAUGCUCAUAUGGCACAGCAAUUGCAAUUGCUACAAGCAAACUUAGUGAAGACCAGCGAACAGCUGGAAAUCAUGUCCCAGCAUUGCAACAAGAAUCUGGUAGGCCAACUGGGUAAGGUCCAUGCCAGUUGGUUCAUUGGAAGUAACCGAUUCUUCGAGGAAGAGAUGCUGGGAAAACAAAAGAAGUGA